AAGACAAUCGAUCACAGAAAUAGCGAGCGAGCGAGAGAGAGAGAGAGAGAGAAGUCGCAAAGGCGACGAUUACCAUCUGAUCUCGCCGCAUUGCCAUCUCACCCUUCCUCUCUCCGCUUCAGAUCCGAAUCUCGGGCAACAAAUCUCGAUCCGAUCCCCCCGAAUUCAGGAUUUAUAAAGCUUCCUGACUGGCAAGCUUAGGACAAACUGCAGAAGCUGGUAUGGGAGCAGAGAAUAGCAACUGGCAUUCGGAGUUAAGUUAUGACCAGUGGGCAGCUCUAUCUGUCUCUGGUCUACGACCUUCAGCUCGUUACAAGCAUGCAUCAGCUGUGUUUGAUGACAAAUUAUACAUUUCUGGUGGAAGUCGAAAUGGUCGCUACCUAUCUGAUAUUCAGGUUCUUGAUCUUAAAACUUUGGCAUGGUCUCCUCUGAAACUGAAGGUUGAAAAAAAUGCAGACAACAGUAAAGACAGUCUUGCAGGGGAAAUACUUCCCCCCACGUCUGGUCAUAGUAUGUUUAAAUGGGGAAACAAACUUCUGCUUCUUGGUGGGCAUUCAAAGAAUGUUUCUGAUAGCAUAACAGUGUGGUUCAUUGAUCUGGAAUCAAACCAAUGUGGUAUUUUGGAGACCUCUGGAAAAGUUCCGUUAGCUCGUGGUGGGCAGUCUGUAACACUGGUUGGCUCUAGACUGAUAAUGUUUGGUGGGGAAGACAGGCAGAGGCGGCUCCUCAAUGAUAUCCAUGUACUUGAUCUUGAGACAAUGGUUUGGGAUGUUUUGGAGACUAAGCAGACACCCCCAGCUCCAAGGUUUGAUCACACAGCAGCAGUGCAUUCAGAGCGUUACCUUCUAAUUUUUUGUGGCUGUUCUCAUUCCAUCUUCUUCAAUGAUCUUCACGUUCUGGACUUGCAGACUAUGGAAUGGUCACAACCACAAAUUCAAGGCAGUACUGUGACCUCUAGAGCUGGUCAUAGCGGCAUCACCAUUGAUGAGAACUGGUAUAUUGUUGGUGGUGGUGAUAAUAGAAGUGGUGCUUGUGAAACUCUUCUGUUAAAUAUGUCUACUCUUGUAGUUUCAGUCUUAGCAAGUGUAAAUGGAAGAGAUCCACUUGCCAGUGAGGGACUCAGUGUUUCUUCAGUGUUAUUAGACGGAGAGAAGAUUUUGAUUACGUUUGGUGGCUACAAUGGGACAUAUAACAACGAGGUGUAUGUUAUGAGACCCAAGCCAAGGAAUUCUCCACAUCCCAAAAUUUUUCAAUCACCGGCAGCCGCAGCAGCUGCAGCCUCUGUAACUGCUGCGUAUGCCCUCACCAAAUCUGGGAAGUUAGACUUAUCUGAGGCAGAGGAUUCAGACAUUAAGGUAGUGGAAGAAAAUGGCUCCCAGCGUGAUCUUUUGAGUGAGAUCAAUGCAGUUAAAGAAGAAAAGGUGGUGUUGGAGGCAGCCCUUGAAGAAAUCAAAGCGGAAAAUUCAAGUCUCAAGGGAAAGAUCGAGGAUACUGCUACUACUUACGCUGACUUGUCAAAAGAACUCCAAUCAGUCCAAGGUCAACUGGUGACAGAGAGAUCAAGAUGUGCUAAACUGGAGGCACAGAUUGCAGAGCUACACAACAUGCUGGAGUCAUUGCCAUCCCUAGAAGAAGAGGUAAAAUUACUCAGGAACCAAAAAUCUGCUUUGGACCGGGAUAUGGAGCUUGCUUCGUCUGUUCAGAGACAGAAAUCUGGUGGUGUUUGGAAGUGGAUAGCUGGAUAGAAGGGAAUUACUUUGUCCAUCACAGUUGCAAGGUCAGUAUACCUCAACCAAAAUUGGAUCGAAAUGCCAAACUAAGAAUUCAUCAACCAAAAUUGUUGCUGCCCUAAGAGUAUCCAAACUCUAUCGUCACUUUUAGCUCAUGCAGAAAGAGUAUUUGUUAUCUAUUGGAAGCAUUGCGGCAUUGUGUAGAGGAGAAUUUCAUCACUAUAGUAAAUUGCUUUCAGAACAUCUCUCUGUUGUCUUUCAAUACCAGUCACUCAAUUCUUUGUAGUAACUUUACCUUUUGACACCUAUAUGCGCGAUUGUUGCCGUAUAACAGUAUUAGAUCAGACCAUUUUCACUUUUGUACCUGCAUUCGGUUGAUUCUUGUCAUUGUAAUAGUGGGAAUCUGUGUUUUAAGAAUUUGAAACCAAGUUAAUGAGAAGCUUGCAGUUUGGUUUUGCAUUAA